CCUACUUGUGUUACUAUCUUAUCUUUUGAACUUCACUCUAGGGUCAAUAAUCCAAGAAUGAUUUGUAUUAUUACUAUCUUCUCAUCCUGAUUAUAUCAAUAUCUUCUUAUCCUGCUUGUAAUACUACCGUUGUAAUACUUGUAUUACUAUCUUAUCAUUUGAACCUUAUCAGUUGGGCAUUCAGUCCAGGACUAGUUAAUUUGUUUUAGUUUGAAACCAAUCAGAUCCUGUUAAACAUGUCUUUGAAGUUUUAUUAUGAUUUAAUGUCUCAGCCUUCUCGUGCGAUUUAUGUGUUUUUAAAAGUAACUGGAAUUAAGUUUGAAUCAAAACCUACGAUACUGGGAAAAUUGGGACACAAAUCUGAAGAGUUUCUGAAAAUAAAUCCCAUUGGUCAAGUUCCUGUCAUUGAUGAUAAUGGAUUCAUAGUUCGAGAAAGUGUUGGUAUUCUUCGGUAUCUGUGCCGUGAAAAGGGUAUUCCUGACCACUGGUAUCCUAAAGAAAGUAAAGCGCAAGCCAAAUUGGAUGAAUUUAUUGAAUGGCAACAUAUUGGUUUACGACUACCGUGUGCAUUCUACUUCAAGCUUAAAUGGUUGGAACCAAGGUUAACUGGAGAGAAACCUUUGGAAAGUGAAAUAGAAAGAUUCCAACCCUUAAUGUUAGACAGCUGUGAUCUGAUGGAAACUUUCUGGUUGAAUCAUAAUAAAAAAUUUCUUUUUGGAAACCAUUUGACUAUUGCUGAUCUUCUUGCUGUGAUGGAGUUAGAACAGCCAAAAUUAUGUGGCUUUGAUCCUCGUCAAGGAAGACCGAGAUUAGCGGCUUAUAUGGCUUCUGUAAAAUCUGAAACAAGUCCGUAUUACGAUGAAGCGAAUAAGAUCAUCGACAAGCUUGCUUCUAUGAGCAAACUAUAACAAAAACAAUUCGAAUAUUGUUAGUUACUUUUGGUUUGAUUAAAAGUUGGAGUGGAUUUAGAUAACAAAAUCAAUUUGUAGCGUCCUAGUGGAACAUAGAUUUUGCUUGGGCAGGAUUUCUUUUGAAACAUUGCAAUGAAAUUCAUUACAAAUAUUCUUUACUUAGAAUAAAACUUGACAUUUUUAGAAUUAUGAAAAAAAAGUUUCCAAUGUACAACUAAUAUACACUGAAGUCCAAGUUUACGGACAGUAGUUUUUAGAAAACUGUAUUACCAUCUGAAAUUAAAGGUAUAUCUUCUGUUAGGAAACAGUGAGAACUUAUACAAGAGCCUAAUAUAUACUAUUUUGAGUUGGUAAGAAAUGUUCAAAUAAUAAUAAGUUGUUCAGAAUUAUAAUGCAUUCCAUAAGAUCAAUACAUCGAUUUGAAUACAGACAGACACCAAACCGAAAUUGAUUCUUGAUGUCUGACCAAAACUCGAGUGGAAAUUUUCGAUUCUGAGCACAAAUCUUUUUUUAACCUCUCACAUGAAUACAAUGCUUCCCUACCUUUGGUAGUGAAGAAACAAAAAUUAUAAUGGAAAAGAAAUUAUCACAAAAUACCUGGAAUACAGCCAUUAGAUUUCUAAGCUUCUUUGUUCUUCGAAAACU